CUCCGCCCCCCCGCACUCAUAAGCUCGGGUCGGCCGGGCCGCGGGUCCCCGGCAGGGGGCGGCCUCGCACCGUAGCUCGGGUCCCUCCGCAGCCGCCGCCCGGGCCGCGGCUCCUCCCCCGGCCCCGCCUCCCUGGCCUCGCGCCGCCCGCCCGUCCGCCGGGCUCUGCAGGACCGUCGGUCUGUCCGCUCGCUCGUCCGUCCGCUGCCCGGAUCCGGCGAGUCGGAGUGAGCGAGUCGAUUCGUCGGUUCCGGCCGCCACAAACCCGUCUCCCGCCCCCGGGCCGCCCGCCUCUGCUACGCGAGGCCGCGGAUUGGCAGGGCGCGUAGGCCGCGCCGCGGCGGAUGGAGCCGGAAUAAAGAGGCAGCCGAGAAAGCAGCUGGUCUCUCUGCUCGCCCCGCGCCUGUCCCCACGGGCGGCCUGGAGCAGAACCGGUUACUGGGGAAGGCAGAGCCUUCUUGGCAUUGCUGGGACCCUGUCUCGAAGAGCCCCCUGUCCUGUAAACACUGCCUUGUAGGCUAUCUUCUUGGCUAAUGACAAGGGCUAUCUGACCAGUCCUCCUCUGUGCCUUGUGUGAGGUUCUUGUCCGUCCCUGAGACCGGUAGCUUCUCUCUCAGGGUUGGGUUCACCUUAAGCGGGAAACUGAAGCCAUUACUGUCCAAACCCAGUUUCAUCUUCCCAAGCAUGUCGGAAAGCUGGCAGCAGCCACCACAGACGCAGCCACAGCAGCCACAGCCUCCACAGCCUCAGCACCAUGCAGAGCCACCACCAGCCCUGGCUGAGCACACGCUGCCCCCAGGUACAGCUGAGAAUCCACUAGGCUGUGCUGUGUAUGGCAUACUUCUGCAGCCUGACCCAGGCCUGCAGCCCCCACAGCAUGCACCCCUGCAAGCAGGGGAGCCAGGCCCCAAAUGUGGUGUGUGUGGCCAUGACCUGGCACACCUCUCGAGUCCACAUGAGCACCAGUGUCUGGCAGGCCAUGACCGCUCUUUUCAGUGCACACAGUGUCUCAAGAUAUUCCAUCAGGCCACCGACCUGCUGGAACACCAGUGUGUGCAGGCAGAGCAGAAGCCUUUUGUCUGUGGUGUCUGCAAAAUGGGCUUCUCACUGCUCACCUCGCUGGCCCAACACCACACCUCCCACACUGGCAUGGUGAAGUGCUCCAUCUGUGAUAAGACCUACAAGCCAACUGAGGCUGCUGAACCAGCCACCACUACUGCCCCAUCGGUGCCCCCAGCACCUCCACCCACUAGUGUUGCCCCUGCGGAACAACCUGAAAAGCCCUAUAGCUGCACCAUCUGCCAGAAACCCUUCAAGCACCUGUCCGAGCUUUCACGGCACGAGCGGAUCCACACUGGAGAGAAGCCGUACAAGUGCACACUGUGUGACAAGAGCUUCAGCCAGUCCUCCCACCUGGUGCACCACAAGCGCACACACAGCUCUGAGCGGCCCUACAAGUGCGCUGUCUGUGAGAAGACCUUCAAGCACCGCUCCCACCUGGUGCGCCACAUGUAUGCACAUUCAGGGGAGCACCACCUGUUCCGCUGCAACGUGUGUGAGCUGCAUUUCAAAGAGUCGUCGGAGUUGUUGCAGCACCCUUGUACCCCGAGCGGUGAGCGGCCUUUUCGCUGCAACGAGUGCCAGAAGGCCUUCAAGAGGCCAUCAGACCUGCGGCAGCAUGAGCGCACUCACAGUGCAGAGCGGCCCUUCAAGUGUGACCUGUGCCCCAUGGGCUUCAAGCAGCAGUAUGCACUGAUGCGGCACCGGCGCACACACAAGACGGAAGAACCUUUCAAGUGCGGCCUGUGUGAGAAGGGCUUCGGGCAGCCCAGCCACCUGCUCUACCACCAGCAUGUGCACACCCUGGAGACUCUCUUCAAGUGCCCGGUGUGCCAGAAGGGCUUCGACCAAUCUGCUGAGCUGCUGCGGCACAAGUGCCUGCCAAGCUCCACAGAGCGGCCCUUCAAAUGCCCAGUGUGUAACAAGGCCUACAAGCGGGCGUCUGCCCUGCAGAAGCACCAGCUGUCGCAUUGCGCCGCUGCGGAAAAGCCUCUGCGCUGCACCCUUUGUGAGCGCCGAUUUUUCUCCUCCUCGGAAUUCGUGCAGCAUCGCUGUGACCCGGCCCGGGAAAAACCACUCAAGUGCCCGGACUGUGAGAAGCGCUUCAAGUACGCAUCAGACCUGCAGCGUCACCGGCGGGUGCACACUGGUGAGAAGCCCUACAAGUGCCCCAAUUGUGAUAAAGCCUUCAAGCAGCGCGAGCAUCUCAACAAGCACCAGGGCGUGCAUGCCCGUGAGCAGCAGUUCAAGUGUGUGUGGUGUGGCGAACGCUUCCUGGAUGUGGCACUGCUCCAGGAGCACAGUGCCCAGCACAGCGCUGCAGCUGCAGCUGCAGAGGGGGCUUACCAGGUGGCAGCCUGCCUGCCCUAAGGCCUUGGGGCCACCACCUAUCCUGUCUAGUCUCACCUGCUUGCAGCUGCACUCAGGAGUGAGGACCAAAGGGUUCUGGGCAGGUGGAAGGUGUGCAUGUUCAGUACUCCUAGCACCGGCCCGGCCAUCAGAGGAGCCAAACUGCUGUGGCCAGACCAGAUUCCAUUAACCUCUUCCCUAUGACAGGACUUGCUUUCUGAGAGCCUGCUGCCCCCCUUAUCUAUAGAGAACUUGAAUCCCACCUGUAGUGAGGUGCCUCUCUGCCCCAGAUAUGAGGGAUGCCAACCUAGCCUUCCCAAAUUGUUCAGUCUAGUUAGAAGCCAAGUGGCUUGGGAAGAAGGAAGUAGGGUUUCUUCUCAAAUUGCUUUUUUUUUGGGGGGGGGGAGAGUCCAGCUUUGUUGCAGUUCUGGAGACUUGAGUGUAGACCAUGAGCUACAGUCCUCUGUCUGCCCAGGUAGGAUGAAUAUGCCCCAACCCCAAGUUUCUGAUAGUUGAGCUAUGUAGGAUAGGAGUCUUUGGGCAGGGUGUGUUUGGAACCUAGGGGCCCAAUCAGGGUGGGGGAAGCAGAAACAUUCCACGACACACUCAGGUCAGCCAAUGCUGUCCACAGGGAAAGGGACAAAUAGCCUGUGUGCUGAGGGUGAUCCUGAAUCUGUGGAAGCCCCCUCCUGCCUGUGAGUGGUUCUGAGCUUCAAGGGAGUGAAUGUGCCCUUAGCAGAGCUGCUGUUGUAGAAGGGGAGGGCUGUUAGUCCUCCUUACCCCUUGCCUCAGACCUGGGGUGGGCAGGAAGGAGGACCAACCAAGCCCAUGAUUUCCCUAGCAGUUAUUAACAGGCCCCCUCUUCCCAAGUUGUGUGAACCAAAGUGUCUGGGCUUCAGCUUGUCCCAGCCCUGCCUGAGGGCCAGAUGCAAUUCUGGGUACCCAGGGUGAGGAAUGGCUUUUUACCCUAUAGAGCACUUCCAGCCCAUGGAUACCAUGAGCCAUCAAUCUGGCAGUGGGCUUGGGCCCUAAGGAUCUUCUGUUGCCAAAACAACCCACUCUCCUUUAAGUCCUAGGAGUCCCCUUAGGUCGUUGGCUAUUAUAGCAAACAUGGGGACACAAGGAAAAAGCAACAUAGUAGGCAGCAUUCUUAGCAGGUACAUGGUCAGUCACCACCACUGGACGGCCAGAGCCACCUCAAGAGCCUGGAGGACCUUUGUUAUCAGUCAUUCUGAACCCAGCC